AUGGGCGUCUCCACGGUCACGGCCGCCCGCAUCCUCAAGGGGCAGCUGCAGCACGGGCAGGGCGAGGAGAGCCUGCUGGAGAUGGAGAAGUUCCCCUACGUGGCCCUGGCCAAGACCUACAACACCAAUGCCCAGGUGCCCGACAGCGCUGGCACGGCCACUGCCUACCUGUGCGGUGUCAAAGCCAACGAGGGCACCCUGGGGGUCAGCGCCGGCGUCACCCGCGACCGCUGCAACACCACCAAGGGCCAGGAGGUGACCUCCAUCCUCCGCUGGGCCAAGGACGCGGGGAAGGCCGUGGGGAUCGUCACCACCACGCGCGUGACCCACGCGACGCCCAGCGCCGCCUACGCCCACUCUGCCAACCGCGACUGGUACUCGGACGGGGAGAUGCCCCCGGACGCCCUGGAGGGCGGCUGCAAGGACAUCGCCCGGCAGCUGGUGGAGAACAUUCCCGACAUCGAGGUAGGGAUGGGGAUGGGGCCACCGGGAGUGUGGGCUGGAGCCAGCAGGGACGGGACCAGGACCACCUGGGGCGGCCGCAUCGACCACGGGCACCACGAGGGGAAGGCGAAGCAGGCGCUGCACGAGGCCGUGGAGCUGGACCGGGCCAUCGGCCUGGCCACGCGCCUCACGUCGGCACAGGACACCCUGAGCGUCGUCACCGCCGACCACUCGCACGUCUUCACCUUCGGCGGCUACACCCCCCGCGGGAACCCCAUCUUCGGUCUGGCCCCCAUGCAGAGCGACGUGGACCGCAAGCCCUUCACCUCCAUCCUCUACGGCAACGGCCCCGGCUACAAAAUCGUGGCGGGCGAGCGAGAAAACGUCUCCGCCGUGGAUUUUGCACAUGCUGACUACCAGGCGCAGUCGGCCGUGCCGCUGCGGCAGGAGACCCACGGCGGCGAGGACGUGGCCGUGUUCGCCCAGGGCCCCAUGGCCCACCUGCUCCACGGGGUCCACGAGCAGAACUACAUCCCCCACGCCAUGGCCUACGCCGCCUGCAUCGGCUCCAACCGCGGCCACUGCAACGCCGGCGCCCGCCCCGCCGCCCCCCUGCUCCUGCCCCUCCUCGCCCUCCUCGUCCUCCUCUGCUAAAGUGCCUCUUGCAGAUCGCCUGGAGGGGGAUUUAUUUUUAAUUCAUCCCCCCUUUUUAUGUUUUUUUUGUGGAGAGCAGCGCCCGGGAAAGAGGAGAGAAGGAGAACAGAGAGACUCAGCGGAGCAAAAGCAGCCGCCGGCGGUUUGGUGCUGGGAGCUGCCUCUGUAAAUACACGGUUCCUUCCCUAUAAUUAGCAGCGUUCCCUGCCCUGUCCCAAACCCGCUGUGGGAUUUGGGAUGGCAGCUGGAGCCUCGGUGGAUAAAACCCCCUCUUUGAGCGGAACGCGAUGGGGCUGGGUCCCAAAAUGCCUCCCAAAUGUCCCUUGGCUGAGGACUGACCCCGCUGCCCAGCUCGUCACAUGUGUGGGGAGCCAGAAACCACGCCAAGAUGGGGAAAAAAAAUUAACUCAACAGGUUAAUUUGUCCCUAAACUUAGUUCUUGUUGUG